UUUUUCUAAAAUAUUUACUAUUAAUUUAUUUCAUUUUCUUAAGUUAAAUACUUUUUUUUUUCCUUCUUCUUCCCUCUUUUUUCAUAAUAUUGUUAGCCAUUCUUUUUUUUUUUUACUCUCUUUCUGUCUCUCACUUUCUAAUGCUACUGGAUGCCUUCUUCCAAAGACUGGUGAACUCGUUGCAGCAAGAAGGGUUAAAAAUUUUAUAGUUCAUGGGUGGUUAUGAGAUAUGGAAGACAAAGACGAGGACAGUAAUAACAACAAAAAUAACAACCAACAUCAUCAUAACCACCCAAAAGAAGAGCCACUAAUAAUAAGAAAACACAACACUAUUGGGGGCGGGAGCGGCAGCGGCAGCGGCGGCGACAGAUUAAAGAGAGAUGAGUGGAGUGAAGGAGCGGUUUCCACCCUUCUAGAAGCAUACGAAUCAAAAUGGGUUCUUAGAAACAGAGCAAAGCUCAAAGGCCAUGACUGGGAAGAUGUUGCAAGACACGUGUCAUCAAGAGCCAACUCUACAAAAUCGCCCAAGACACAAACGCAGUGCAAGAACAAGAUCGAGUCCAUGAAGAAACGCUACAGAUCAGAGUCUGCUACCGCUGAUGCUUCAUCUUGGCCGUUAUAUUCACGCCUUGAUCUUCUCUUGCGUGGGACGGGGCCUGUGCCCACUGCUUCCACGCUUGCAGCUUCGCCACUGAAACUGUCACCAACACUGCAGGCAGUGCCGGUGACAGUGACGGUGGCUGCUGCUGCAGCGACUGGUUCUCAUCAGUCGCUGCACUUUAGCAAUAACCAACAACCUUUGAUGUUGUUGGAGCAGCCGCCGUCCUCACAAGCCCUCCAUCAACCACCGCCACCUCCUGGUACUGUUGCUGCUCCUCCACCUCCUGCCACCACUGCGCAAAACUCGCAUGGAUCCAAUGGCGUUGAGAGAGUGAUAACCAAGGAAGAUGGGUUAUUAGGAACUAAGUCAUGUGAGCAUGUAUCUAACAAGAAUGAAGUAGAGACUGAUAGCAGCACACCAGCACUGUACAGUGAAAAGGAUAAGCUUAGAUGCAACAAGAGGAAGAUGAAGAUGGAGAGCAACAAGCAGCGGCGGCGAAAGGAGGAGAUGGAGAUAGCAGGAAGCAUAAGGUGGCUUGCAGAAGUUGUGGUGAGAUCGGAGCAAGCAAGAAUGGACACAAUGAAGGAGAUUGAAAAGAUGAGGGUCGAAGCUGAGGCCAAGCGCGCCGAAAUGGAUCUCAAGAGAACUGAAAUCAUUGCCAAUACACAGUUAGAGAUUGCUAGAAUCUUCGCAAGUGUUAAUAACAAAGGUGUGGAUUCAUCGCUGAGAAUCGGCAGAAGUUAAAAAAAUUUCUCUUUAAGGCGAAAACUCAGUUAGUUUCAUGUGAAGUUGAUAGCUAGUUGUUAUUCAUGAAAUUAACUGUAGUUAAAUCUUCACCUAAUUUUAAUAUUUUUCACAAGCCACCUAAGGUAAUUAAAUUAUGGAAGCUUGAUUAUAUAUCACCAAAUGUUGUAUGUGUAUAGAGUUUAUAUUUAUCAAUAUUAAUUAAUGUUGAGGGAGAGGGAGAUUUGUAUAACUUUGUAAUUCGCCUAACUAGUGAAGAUAGCAUCCUACUUAUCAUGAUUAUGACGGUAUAAUGAAAAUAAUUCUCUCUCCUAAGUGCUAA